UUUCUCUUCUAUCUGUAACAUGUUGACAGAACGGCAGGUGCUCUGUGCUCAUGGCAUCUCAAAUCAGGAGCGCGAUGCCAUUCCUUCACAUGGCGUGGUCAGCCGCUCAACGGUCUCGUGUGGGUGGGGCUGCGGGGCGACGCCCCAGGGUGUGAUCGCGCUCCGGGGGUGGUCCAACUGGGAUGGUGUUGGUGCCAAGCAGCCACUCAGGCGCUUGUUGCACGCGCCGUGCCGCCUACGCUUGACCAUCAGGAUGAUACAAAACGACGGGCUCAGCCCUGCCCCUGUUUCCCUGCCUCGCUUCCGUUCAACUAACAAGAGCUAGACGAAAUCAAAAAGCUACUACAAAGGCGUAGGAGCGUCGAGCCACGACAGCAGCAUUCUCUCCGCCUCCAGUCACGUUUUGAGUGUAAUUAGUACACAAACUCAGCCAUGGCGACGGCGUUCCCACAGCCCACCGCCAAUGCGAUCACUGUUGCACCGUCCGAAACACCUAUUACGUCGUCUGGCCCAGCCUCAACAAUGACUCCCUUUGCCGGCCUAGCAAGAGAGUUCAACGACGAUCUCGAAUUGGCGUCAGUUCAGCUCGGAGAGAAGCAGACACGGAAGAUCCUCAAGGCGAAGGAGGGCAGGAAGCCGUUCUUGCCUGGACAACCACGCAUCCGUCUGGACAGGCUGCCACAUAGUCCCCACGCCGAUGAGGACCUGCUGCUUCAGUACCUCGACAAAUGUCACAGCACCAAGCCACUUGAUGAUCUCCUUCCUUACAUGCGGUACAUCUUCGUACAGACGCCCUCGUACACCCACGUCAUGCCUCUGCACCACCAAAAGUCACACGCGCGCGAGAUUAGGGUGUCGGAAAGCCCGGGCCUACACUUGGUCUGGUACUACGAGCUCAUCUUCAUCAAACCCAUCCCGGCAUACUUCUACUCGCAAGCCUUCUGGGUGUACCUUGAAAACGUCGAACCAAACCUCUAUGCCGCCUGUCUCGGCUUCAUGCGCAGCUAUUACAUGCUUAUCCAAUACGACAUCGACUUCCAGGAGGCUUGCAGGCUGCGCCUAAUACCGCCCAAGCGUAAAGGCGGGCGCCCAACCUACGAGGAGUGGUGCGAGUUCAUUGAGCCCUUUGGGCGAGUCGGCGAUCACUACGUCAACCGCCGGUACCGCUACGGUGAGCUCCGCCUCACGCGCAUCAACCGCACCGCCAAGCUGUUCAGGUUCAAGCUAGCCUACUUCCACAUCUACCCACAGUGGGGUUCGUUUCUGGAACACACUCUGGCACCGAUCAUCACCGUCUUCGCCGUGUGCUCUGUCGUGCUCAAUUCGAUGCAGGUCAGCCUCGCCGCCAUCGAGACCGGCAACGAGGUGAAGGAGAAUUUGUCGAAAGCAUGGUCGCAGUUUAUCAGCGUAGCCCUCUGGUUCCCCGUCGUCGUCAUGGUCAGUAUCGCCGCCGUCAUGCUUAUCGCCUUGGUCGGCAUGGGCGUCAUGGGUGUCAGAGAUUUAGCGAGGGGUAAUUACAUACGGGCACAGAAGAGGAAGAAUAACCCGAACGCGGGGACAAGGACUCACGGCAUGGUCUGGUAGGGCGGACUAGCUAUCUUCUAUCCAACGACGGGGAGAUCUUCGGUCUUGCGCCUCCCCUCGCUUUCUACUCCUCCCCUUCGACUCUCGGCUUUUUU